AUGUGGGAGAAGGGCGUGGGUCUGGUCGAGAGGUUGCGAGCUUAUUACUUUGGCAAGAAAGAAUCACCACCUGCAAUAUCCGAGAAAACAGCCCUUCUCUACGCCAUUCUCUUCACCGUCAUCUUCGUCGCCCCAUUCUACCUCUCCAAGACGCUUCGCACAACCCCGCUCAACUCGAGAGAUUCACCAACGGUCAUCAGAGCACGAGUGCGCGCAGUCGGUCUCAGCUGUCUAGCUUCCACCGUUCUCACCGUCUUCGUUCUCGUUCAGUAUGGACACGCGAGCCCACGAGAUGUCUUGCGUUUGUUUGGCAUGUGGCCGUUCAACCCGCUUGACUGCCUCAAAGUCCUGCUGCUUGUGAUGGUAUUGUAUACGGGACCACUCUACGAAACGAUCUUUGUCGAUGGUGGAAUACGAGAGUUCAACCUGAAAGCGAUUAAGGAGACGUUGUGGGAUUCGCCGACUUCCAACCGAAACGUCGUAAUCGCCCCUUGGGCAGAGGAGCUCGUCUUCAGAUCGCUGGUAAUCUCACUCUACCUCCUGGCGAAAGUCUCCCCGAUACGGAUUGUCUUCGUGACUCCACUUGUCUUCGGCGUCGCACACGUCCACCAUCUGAUCGAGUUCGUCCAAAGUCACACACCACCAGGACGAACAUUACCAACAUCGAAUGUCCUGCUCAUGGGCAUCGUCAGGAGCUUAUUCCAAUUCGCAUACACCAGCCUCUUCGGCUUCUUCACGGCCUUUGUCUAUUUGCGAACCGGAAAUGUCUUUGCCUCCAUCACCGCACACAUGUUCUGCAACUACAUGGGCUUGCCACGAGUCUGGGGCAAAGUCGGCCAAGUCGACGACUGGGACAUCACACCCGAUGUCGCUCAGGGCAAACGAGACGAUACUAUUGAACACGUCCGCGUCGGCAAUAGUGUGGUGAAAGACACAGAUGAGAAUGAAGCCAAGGCAGCGAAGGUGCUUGGGGCGGGAGUGAAGAAUCUCGGCUCGACUUGGACGGUAGCAUACUACUUGCUCCUCGUCGUAGGCGCAUUCGGCUUCUACAGAUUGCUCUUCGUCUUGACCGAAAGCAAGAAUGCCCUAGCUACCUUCUCAUAG